GUCUCCCCUGUACCCCGCACGCCCCCGCAGCCCCCCACAGCCCCUGCUCUCCCCCUCGGCCGGGCCUGGCCCCCGGCAGCACCCGGCGCCUCUUCUCCCCUCAGGCAGCGGCGCCCCCUCCCCACAGGGCCCUCGGCUGAGCCUCGGGGCACCGGGGAUGCCGAGCACCCCCCCGACCCCCCGCUCUGGCACGAUGGCUGCAGAGGGGCCCCCAGCCCCCUUGCCCCGCACCCCGGGUGCCGCUGCCCCCCCCACGGAGGCUGCUCUGCCGGCAGUGGAGGCGGAGACCCCACAGCACCCGCCGCAGCGUGGGUACCGGCCGGCAGCCCACGCGCCCCAGCUGGCGGGUGAUGCAAGGGACUGGCGGGGCGAGGGGACAGGGUCCCUCCAAAACCUCUCCUGGUCCCCCUCAGCAGCCCAGGACAGUGCGGCCGCAGGCCAGGGCGAGAGCCGCUGCUCGGAGGAGUUUGUUGUCAACUGCACCUUCGCCGCCUGCGACCCCGAGCAGACAGGUAGCGAGGGGUGCAGGGGGAGCCUCAGCCCCGGAUACAGCUUGUAGGAGCCUUAGAGGGCUCAUCCUGCGGUUAACCCCGCUCCGCCACGCGAGGCUGCCGGAAAAACCCUCCCGCUGGCGGCCUGCCCCCACCCAGGGACAGGGAGGCCUUCGGGGGCCCAGCGCCAGCUCCGCACCAAACCCCCUCGCCCCACGCCCUCCCCAGACCCCUUCCCCAUCACCAGCCGCGGCUGAGGGAGGGGCGGCCCCACGGACGGACCCCCCGCCCCGUGCGCAGGGACGGUGCUGGCACAGCGCGUGGUCGAGUACCUGCAGGCGGUGACAGGGCAGAGCGGCGAGGAGGGCCAGCUGCGGGCGCUGCGCCGCAUGCUGGACCCCGAGGCGGUGGGCGCGGCGCUGGACUUGCCCACCUUCCACGCCGUCAUGCGGGAGUGGAUCGCGUCGUGCCAGCAGGAGGGGGGCUCGCGGCUCGCCGAGGAGCGGGAUGCAGCGGCAGGCGACAUCGGCCUAGUGCUGGCGGCGGGGGAAGGACGCACAGCCCCGGCAGCUGCGCAGCUCGAGGGUGACGGCGGCAACCCAGACAUCACAAGCCCCACCGAAGCUGCCAGCCUGCGCAGCCGUGCCGAGCAGCUGGUCGCCCAGAACGCCAAGCUGCAGCGAGAUGCCGAGCUGGCCGAGGAGCUCAACACCCGCCUGGCCGAGGAGGCGGCUCAGCUGAAGGCUCAGCUGCGAUGCAGCCAGCAGGCGCUGGAGCAGGCCAGAGCGGCCGCCGAGGAGCUGGAGGACCUGAAGGCCGUGACGAAGGGGCUGGAAGAGGAGAACAGCGAGCUCCGCCGGCAGACACGCCAGCUGGAAAAGGAGCAGCGGUGCCUGUGCUCGCGAGCCGAUGGCCUGCAGGAGGAGAACCAGCGGCUGCUUGCCGAGGGCCAAGGGCUGAGGGAGCGGAUCCAGGCGCUGGCAGCUGAGACGGCCGACCUGGAGGCCCAGCUCUGCCGGUGCACAGUGCUCCUCUCCUCCCGGGAUGCGGCCCUCGCCCAGGAGCUGCGGCUGGAGACGACGCGGCUCUGCAGCCAGCUGGGCCGGAUGCAGGACGCCUGGGCCAUGCAGCCGUGGCGCCCGCUCGGCGAGGCCGACGUCCCGGCGCAGCCACUGGGCGCCGAGAUCGAAGCAACGCGCCGGGAGACCAGGGAAGCGGAGGAGGAGGAGGACGCAGGGAUGGCGGCGCCCGGAGCCCCAUCGGGGGAUGGCGAGGAGCCGGCCAAGCCGAGGCAGUGCCCAGGCCCCAGCGCGAGGCCGCUGCGGGCACUGCCAGCCCUGCCGCGGGCGCUGCUGCUGCUGCUGCUGCUGCUGCUGGCCCUGCUCUGCCUCCUGCCCCACCGCUGGCUGGGGCUGCCCCACGGCAGGGUCGCCUGGCCCCAGCUCCAGCUCUGCUACCGGAGACCCCCACCCCUGUGAGACCCCUGCCCCAAUAAAGAC